AUGGCUACACCACUAAUUCCACUGGAUGAGCACGAGUAUCCUGUGAUACUUGGCACGUCAUUGAUUGAGACGGACGACGACGACGACAAUGUCGAUCAAUUGAAUGAGCAGCAAUGUGACAAUGUAAUGGUUUCUUUUGGCUAUGAAUUUCUACCAGCUUCCGUGGACAAGAGCACGCCCGGUCUUGUGAGUGUGGACGAUUCUAAUGGUGUUCAGGUGCUUAUGGGCUCGUCCACUGGAGCUACUGGAGGCGUGUGUUUCAAAGGAAAACUAGUUGAACACAAGGAGACUGACUGUAUGCUGAUAUUUGACGGCAAGGGCUUUCGACUCGAACGCUGUCUGUUUUCCUGCAUGCAGCUACGUCACGUGCGUGCUCACACGCCACGGCAGCGUGUGAAAAGUCAACCCGAGCAAGCAAAUGACAGCGAUGCCAAUGCAACAUUGGUGGCUUCUAAGGAGACAAGUAUUUCUGUAGCAUCGGUGACAGGGACUGCCAAGAAGAGACCAGCGAAGACACGUAGGCGUGCUGGUGGAAAAGUAAAUGCGCCUGAAACUGCAAAAGGAAAGCGAGGGAGACCAAAAGGUUCGACCAAAGCAGCUAUUGCAUCCAAGCAAACGCAACUGAAGGCUAUUGAUGGAACAUGA